CCUUCGCGCUCCCCUCCUUCCCGCCCCGGCGCCACCCCACUCCUCCUCAGCGGGAGAACCGAGACGUGGGGCGGCUCACCGCCCUCCCCGGGAGGCGUGGAGAGGUGUCCCAGCGCGGGCCUUACAGCGCCGGGGGCUCCUGCGGGUCCGGCCCGGCUGAAAACACCCUGGAAGGAAAGAUCUUUCCCUCGGGUCUCUGGCUGCAGUGUGGAUGCCUCCCUAGAGGGCCACAUUCUUGUGUGGCGGUGUGAUGGUAUGCUUAGUGUGCGACUCAAACUUAGUGUUUCUGCGUAGGCCUCUUGUGCACCAGGACUGCCGGCUCUAUUUCGCAGGCUUACUAUGCAUAGACGGUGGAGUUACCAAAAUUGUUCUUUUGUGUCAGAUCUUCAAAUGCAAUAGAGUGGUUUGGCCAGUUCCACUCAUCGAUGUUUAGACUUGUGCCUCGAAUUUGGAUUCUCUGUGACCAUUUUUGAUUUAAGGACCACAGUACAGCCAUGGAUAGUGAACCAAACCCUGGAACAUCUUCUGUGUCGACAACAACCAGCAGCACCACCACCACCACCAUCACCACUUCCUCCUCUCGAAUGCAGCAACCACAGAUCUCUGUCUACAGUGGCUCAGACAGACACGCUGUACAGGUAAUUCAACAGGCAUUGCAUCGCCCCCCCAGCUCAGCUGCUCAGUACCUUCAGCAGAUGUAUGCAGCCCAACAGCAGCACUUAAUGCUGCACACUGCAGCUCUUCAGCAGCAGCAUUUAAGCAGCUCCCAGCUUCAAAGCCUUGCUGCUGUUCAGGCAAGUUUGUCCAGUGGAAGACCAUCCACAUCCCCCACAGGAAGUGUCACACAACAGUCAAGUAUGUCCCAGACAUCUAUCAACCUCUCCACUUCUCCUACACCUGCACAGUUAAUAAGCCGUUCCCAGGCUUCCAGUUCUACCAGCGGCAGUAUUACCCAACAGACUAUGUUACUAGGGAGUACCUCCCCUACCCUAACGGCAAGCCAAGCUCAAAUGUAUCUCCGAGCUCAAAUGCUGAUUUUCACACCCGCUACCACUGUGGCUGCUGUACAGUCUGACAUUCCUGUUGUCUCGUCGUCAUCGUCAUCUUCCUGUCAGUCUGCAGCUACUCAGGUUCAGAAUUUAACAUUGCGCAGCCAGAAGUUGGGUGUAUUAUCUAGCUCACAGAACGGUCCGCCAAAAAGUGCUAGUCAAACUCAGUCGUUGACAAUUUGUCAUAACAAAACAACAGUGACCAGUUCUAAAAUCAGCCAACGAGAUCCUUCUCCAGAAAGUAAUAAGAAAGGAGAAAGUCCAGGUCUGGAAUCACGAAGCACAGCUGUCACCCGGACAUCAAGUAUUCACCAGUUAAUAGCACCAGCUUCAUAUCCACCAAUUCAGCCUCAUCCUCUAAUAAAACAUCAGCAGAUUCCUCUUCAUUCACCACCUCCCAAGGUUUCCCAUCAUCAGCUGAUAUUGCAACAGCAGCAACAGCAAAUUCAGCCAAUCACACUUCAAAAUCCAACCCAAGACCCACCACCAUCCCAGCACUGUAUACCACUCCAAAACCAUGGCCUUCCUCCAGCUCCCAGUAAUGCCCAGUCACAGCAUUGCUCACCAAUUCAGAGUCAUCCCCCUCCUUUAACAGUGUCUCCUAGCCAAUCACAGUCAGCACAGCAGUCUGUGGUGGUGUCUCCUCCACCACCUCAUUCACCAAGUCAGUCUCCUACUAUAAUUAUUCAUCCACAAGCACUUAUUCAGCCACACCCUCUCGUGUCAUCAGCUCUCCAGCCAGGGCCAAACUUGCAGCAGUCCACUGGUAAUCAGGUGCAACCUACAGCACAGCUGAAUCUUCCAUCCCAUCUUCCACUUCCUGCUUCCCCUGUUGUACACAUUGGCCCGGUUCAGCAGUCCACCUUAGUGUCCCCAGGCCAGCAGAUUGUAUCUCCAACAUCACACCAGCAAUAUUCAACCCUGCAGUCCUCUCCAAUCCCAAUUGCCACCCCUCCGCAGAUGUCGACAUCUCCUCCAGCUCAGAUUCCACCACUGCCCUUGCAGUCUAUGCAGUCUUUACAAGUGCAGCCUGAAAUUCUAUCUCAGGGCCAGGUUUUGGUGCAGAAUGCUUUGGUGUCAGAAGAGGAGCUUCCAGCUGCAGAAGCUUUGGUCCAGUUGCCAUUUCAGACUCUUCCUCCUCCACAGACUGUUGCGGUAAACCUACAAGUACAACCACCAGCACCUGUUGAUCCACCAGUGGGAAUGCAUUUGAACCAGUGUCAUCUGCACAAAGUUUUUUCUCUUAAGGUUUAUCAAGUAGAAGAUGUGUGUGAAGAAGAAAUGCCAGAAGAGUCAGAUGAAUGUGUCCGGAUGGACAGAACCCCACCACCACCCACAUUGUCUCCAGCUGCCAUCACUGUGGGGAGAGGAGAGGAUUUGACUUCCGAACAUCCUUUGUUAGAGCAAGUGGAAUUACCUGCUGUGGCAUCAGUCAGUGCUUCAGUCAUUAAAUCUCCGUCAGAUCCUUCACAUGUUUCUGUUCCUCCACCUCCACUCUUACUUCCAGCUGCUGCUACAAGGAGUAAUAGUACAUCCAUGCCUAGUAGCAUUCCCAGUAUAGAAAACAAACCUCCACAGGCUAUCGUUAAACCACAGAUCUUGACCCAUGUUAUUGAAGGCUUUGUGAUUCAGGAGGGUUUGGAGCCAUUUCCUGUGAGUCGUUCAUCUUUGCUGAUAGAACAGCCUGUGAAAAAAAGGCCUCUUUUGGAUAAUCAGGUGAUAAAUUCUGUGUGUGUUCAGCCAGAGCUACAGAAUAAUACAAAGCAUGCAGAUAACUCAUCUGACACAGAGAUGGAAGACAUGAUUGCUGAAGAGACAUUAGAAGAAAUGGACAGUGAGUUGCUCAAGUGUGAAUUCUGUGGGAAGAUGGGAUAUGCUAAUGAAUUUCUGCGGUCAAAACGAUUCUGCACAAUGUCGUGUGCCAAAAGGUACAAUGUUAGCUGUUCUAAAAAAUUUGCACUUAGUCGUUGGAAUCGUAAGCCUGAUAAUCAAAGUCUUGGGCAUCGUGGCCGUCGUCCAAGUGGCCCUGAUGGGGCAGCAAGAGAACAUAUCCUUAGGCAGCUUCCAAUUACUUAUCCAUCUGCAGAAGAAGACUUGGCUUCUCAUGAAGAUUCUGUGCCAUCUGCUAUGACAACACGUCUGCGCAGGCAAAGUGAGCGGGAAAGAGAACGUGAGCUUCGGGAUGUGAGAAUUAGGAAAAUGCCUGAGAACAGUGACUUGCUGCCAGUUGCACAAACAGAGCCAUCUAUAUGGACAGUUGAUGACGUCUGGGCCUUCAUCCAUUCUUUGCCUGGCUGCCAGGAUAUCGCAGAUGAGUUCAGAGCACAGGAGAUUGAUGGACAGGCCCUUCUCUUGCUAAAAGAAGACCACCUCAUGAGUGCAAUGAAUAUCAAGCUAGGCCCGGCCCUAAAGAUCUGUGCACGCAUCAACUCUCUGAAGGAAUCCUAACAGUAUCAUGAGGCUUUGCAAUAACAGCAGUUUUACUCUUCUUAAACAAACUUGUAAGGUAAAGGCUCAAGUUGGCCUAGAAUAUUAUCACUUACUGUGAUGGAUAGCCAACCACAUUGGGAUCUCUGCAUCAAAAGUGGACAUUUCUUUUACAGAUAUGGUAAUUCAACAUACAUUUUCAUAAUUAGCCAACAUUGGUGAAAUUAAUUUCACAGGUUACACACAACAUUGAAAGACUUGCUGUAGAGGGCCAUGAUAUUUUUCAAAGAAACGUGUUAUACUAGAUAAUUUUUUAAAGGUGAUGUUUAUCAUUAAUAUAAAGAAUCCUUUUAAAAGUAAUUUAAUAAUUUACAUUUCUCCUCUUUUGAUUUGGUUUUCUUAUACAUUUUUCUACCCUAUAAGUUUUCUAUAGGUUGUCAUGAGAGAUAUAAUUUAGGAAUAAUUUAGUAGUCCAGUGACUGGAAUUGUAUGCAAUGAGAUAUCAUUGUGCAUUUUAAAAAACAUGUCUAUUAGACAAUUGCUUUGUCUAUAAAAAAGAUUGCAUUCUAGCAUGAAUAAUACUGAUCUGGAAGUCAGAAGAGUUGGUUUCUAUUCGAAGCUUGACCAAGAAUUUGGUGUGACUGAGAAAGUUAGUUUUCCUGUAAGCGUUUGUACGUUUAGAGCAGUGGUUCUCAAUGGAGGUCAGUUUUGCUCCCUGGGGAACAUUUGGCAGUGUUGGGGGACAUUUUGUUGUCAUAGCUUGGGGGUAGUGAGGGAGGGUUGCUAUUGGUACCUAGUGCCUGGAGGACAGGGAUGUUGCCAAAUAUCCUACAAUGCACAGGACAGCCCUCCACAACAAAGAGCUUUCCGCUCCAAAAUGUUGGUAGUGCCAAGGUUGAGAAACUCUGAUGUAGGAGUGAUAAAUGCUGCUCUUUUUCACCCCAAAGGAUAUUUUCAAAAGAUAGGACAUCAUAAGGAAUAUAUUACACAAUGGAAGUAUUUCAGAUAGCAUUAAUGUUCUGCUGAAGUAUUUUUCCCAGUUUUAUGCAUACUAGAAAAAGGGAAAAAAAUCCAUUAAAUUGGCCUAAAAAAUGAGGACUAAUCUACAAAUAAUUUGACUCUUAGAGAGUACUGAUUCACAUUAAUUAUCUUUCACAUCUCUCUGCGCCUCUGCAUUGAUGAAGGCACAAUAUGAUUACACCUUAUGAAUCAGUUAGUGCACAGCCUUUGCUGGCAAGGCAAUAGCUUGUUGCGGAUAUGUGGUCGGUCAUUGGAUUUUUUCUAAAGUUGAACAUGCUGGGUCUAGCUAGAAUGCACAUUCCUUUUUCCUUGACUAAACCCUUGCAUGCUUCCUGCAAAGCACUUACCAAGUGAAUCUCUUGGAUAAUCAGAUCUAAUUUUGUAUGUACACGUUUUAGGGGAAAAAAUUUUGAAACAAAACCUUUCACUGAACAGUUAGUGUUCUUUUAGAAUUAUGACACUAAAACAAAAUUAUUGUGGGAGCUGUGAGAGCUUUAUAGUCCUGGACUUGCAAAGUUUGUUUUAAGCUUUUUUUUAAUCUUAUCUUUACCACACAGUGGAAAUGUUUUAAUAAUUGAAGGAACAUACAUAGAUAUUUGGCGGAAAGUCAAUAAGUGGGGAAGAGUCCAGGGGUUUCAGUCAUUGUCACUGCUCUUUUCAAAAGGAUUGUGUUGAGCUAGUAGAAGACUAAAGAUGUCAUUAAAGACAUCACAGAUAUUUAUCUUUUGGCUUUGUGUACAUUAGAGAAUGUUGAUUAUUUUUAUACAAAAAUACAGCGGGUAAUUUUUUUAAUCUUAGAUGCCUCUUGUUUGAAUGUAUGCUUUGUGGGAUUCUUUUGUGUAGUAAUGUUUUAAAAAAAGAUGUUUACUGAUAGUUAUGUGUAGGAUUAGAAUGUGUAAUAUAGUGUAAGGCUCAUGUUCCAGACCUACAAUAGCUUGUAGUCUAUGUUACAUAUUUCUUUAUAUCACAUUUUUAAUUACUGGAUUCAAGUUUCAAGGAAAGGUAGGUACUCUGUAGUCAAUUUUCAUAUAUUAGCAGUUAAUCUUUGUGACAGAGUUGUCACAUGCUUGACUUUUCCCCUCAUCUUGCAAUUUAAGAACACAAGUAUAGGCUAAGCAUUGUAGGAGCACUGUAUGGGGGAUGGGGGCACAAAGGAAAAUCUCCCCUGGAAUUAAAACUUGAUCAUAGAUAAUCCACAAAGAAUUAAUACAAAAUUGAUUUUCGGGGGAUAGACUCCCCUAGCAAUAAUGAUUAUCUCCUAUAACUAUAUUAUCUAUAGCUUUUAAGGUGUUCACUUUGAACUGUUACAGGUUCUCCUUUUAUUUACUCCCUCUUCUCGUAUCAGUCAUUAUGUACUUACUGAAAGCCCCUUGUGCCUAGCACUGUGUCAAGUAUCCAAGAAAGCUUACAAGAGAGGUUUCCAUUUCAGAGCACCUUAUAUCUUAAACCUUAUAAUAAUGUUAAGAAUAGUCCAGAUCUUCUGUUGUCCGCACUCAAAACAUACCCAGAAAAUAUACUUGCUUUUUUCAAGUGAGUUGUUUUAUUUAGAAAUGGCUCAUUUGCUUUCAGUUGGUAGUUUUCUUCAUUGAUGAUGUUUCUUUCUAGAUGAUGUAACCAUCUUAGUUUCAAAGCCUGUUAUAUAUAAUGGAAGUAGACAAUAGCACUGGGUGUCCACCUCUCUCCUGAGCUUUAAGCAUAGUUUUAGUAUGAUAUAGGUGGGGAGAGUGCUAGUAUUUUCAUCUUCCUUCAUAUUACUAAUUGUUUUAGGAUUUUGAGUAAGGAGAGGCAAUGACAAGCAGAAAGCUGACAUGGGAAGUUAUUCCUGCUUCUUUAAACUGAUGCACUCUUUUCCCAUUGAGGGAAAAAAAAACUCUACCAGUUUGAAAUUUUAUUUGCUUUAAGCCAUGUGUUCUAAAGAAAGUAAACAAGCUGAGAGAGCUGGUUUGUAAAAACUUGAUACAUGACAUGGAUUUUCAUCAAGCCUUGUGCAGGCCUGUGUCUGACACAGCUGUGCAUCUUUGAUAGAGUCAGGAUAGUAUGAGACAGAGUGCUGUCCCAAAACCCGUCACUUUUUAAGUGGCAUGUAACUCUUUCCAUGAUGGUACUUUUAAUUUGCUGUGGCAUCCUCUAAACAGACAUUUUUUUUUAGUCCCAGUUUAAGGGCUGUCAUCUAAGUAAAGGAGGAGGAAUGGGAGGAAAGACGUGCUAGUGAAGAAGCUUGAGAAGGGGAGAGGCAGACGAGAAGCCUGCCACUUUUUUAGUUAAUUCCACUUCAACACUGAACAAAUUUCUGCACUUUGCACGUUAAUAUUCAUGUUUUACCUAGUUUUAAAUAGAAAUUAUUUUUUUUUAGGUAGCUCACUGUUUAUUUCCUGGUGUGUUGAAACACUUAGAACUAUAUGAAAUAAGUAUCGUGUCCAUGCCUUUGAAUAUUUUUGACAUGGUUAAUCUUCAUAUAUGCAGUGUGAAAUUAUAGUCAGACAUUUAUUCCAAUACCAGUCUUAGAUUGAAAUCUGUCAUAGUGCCCCAUAUUACUGACUUGUUCCCAUUAUUUGCACUUGCAAGGUUUUGGUACCACCAUGACACAAGUAUGGUAGGGAGGCAAUAUACGGAUUGUAUAGUCUUGGGUUGUGUUUACAUGUGUGUAAACAAUUUUGGAAAGAAUAAACUAUUAUAGUUGUAGGUGAAUGAUGCUAUCCUCAGAGCCAUAUCCAUCCUCACAGCCAUCGAAUGGCUGGAUAUACUCUUAAAACAUUUAAAGACAUAUUUUCAACUAGAAGAGCCUGGUUCUAUUUUGUGGUUUGAAGAUCCUCACCCUUAGUGAAUGGCAGGAAGACACGCUGCCAGCGUGCAACUGGCAUUGAGCUUCAGCUGACAGCACGGAAGGGCCUCACUCACCCCUCACCUCCCCUAAAGCCUCCUCAAGCCCCAAGGAAACUGCAUGAAAACUUUCUUCUUAGACCUUUGCCUGAAGAUCCUUAGAGAGGAUUUCGUAGUGGGGUUAAUUUUAGGGAGGUAACUGGGGCAGGACUUUCUAAUACCUAAUAAUCACGUUUCAGUGCAACUUUUGGGCAGUGGAAACUGGCCCGUCUAUGCACAGUGUUUGCUCAGUCUGUUUCCUGUGCACCAUAUGUGUAACUAGCUGGGCCUUGAGGAAGGGUUUCUAGGGGGAAGGAUAGGGAAGUAGAAGAGGAGACAAAUUAGGAGGAAAAGCAUUGUAGACCCAAGAGGAUAGAUAGUACAGUUAACUGAAUGAGGUCAUGUAGUGUAGAUAUGACCUUCAGUAGUUCAAAAUAAUAAUUGUAAUGGUUGGAUCCCAUUAUCUUAUUGGAUCCCAUAAAUUUUAUUAUGUCAAGAUUUACCUGUAAUCACACUCCUUUCACUCUUUCUAUCAAGUGAUCCUGCCUUUAGGAGCAUAUGAAUAGUUCCAGUGAUACAUAAGUUAGUGAUUUUUGACUUCUGAAAAGGUGACAACUAUUAUGUUAUAGUUGGAGAACAUUUGUCAAAAACUCAAAGGUUAAUUGUUAUGAUUGAGUUAUCAGAAUUUAAGAGGAGAGAGGAUCCAUUUUCAGAUACAACAUAGUUGAAUCAACCUUGUAGACUGUUAUAAAGAAAGGCAUUUUUAAGGUAGUAUUUUAUUUGUUAGGUUGUGUCUCAGUCUAAGCAUUGGAUGACUAAGAGCUAUAGGCUUCUCUUUAUUAAUGUGGAUUUCAGUGAACACACCUACCUCUCUUUCUUUGAUGCACAGUAGUGUGGAUCAUGAAAUGAACUGUUUAGUCCACAUUCACCCAUAUUGGUAUUUUAUGAAUCUAUUUAGAAGCAUUUGAUUUCAUCUUAAAAAUUGUGAUUCAAUUUAGAUAAGCACAAAUAUAGUAUUAGGAAAAGUAAAUAUGCAAUCUUAUUAGAGUUUAAUUUCAACCUAUUAUAAGCCGUACAUCUUAAAAAAUUCUUUGGGAAGAUAGUCCUCUUUUGUUAGAAGUUCAUAAAAUGCAUCACUAUAUAGUUUCCUUCACAGCAGCAAUACAAGCCAUUUCUUCAAUAAAAAAUGUUUAAAAUUGUAUUAUCUUCUUUGAAAAGUUUUGUGAAUUUUUAAGAAUUUUAAAGUUUUACAUAUUAUUUUUUAGAGCUUAUUUAAUCUAUUUUAAAAUAAUACUAUAGAAAGCUUUUAUUUGGAAGUUGUAAAGCACUACUACAAAUAUAAUUAUUGCCAUCAUAUUCCAGAGCAAAAUGCUUGGCUUCUUCUGAACUUUCACUUUAGUACACGUACGUUAAAUGGGAGUGACCGCCCUCCUUUUCCGGUCUGGAGCCCAGCUUCUCUAGUGGAAGCUCUCCCUGUCUGCUCUCACACAGCAACACACUCCUCUUAAGUGCCAUGUUUAUGGAACCUUUUGGGAAAUGUUUUCCAUGAAUGUUGCAUUUUUCCCGUUUUAUAACUUGUAAACAUUUAAUUUUAUUUAAAGACAAUUUUAAUUGCAGAUGUUGGAGAAGAGGUACAUUAGAAAAAUAUUUUUUUCUACUGCCUUUGAAAAGUACAGUUGCUCUCACUGAUAACUGGUGGCGUCAGUAUGAAUCCAUAGAAAGAAAACCUGUGCAAAGGUUUUAAAAUGUAUUGUUUAAAAGAAGUAAUGAAUGAAUUUUAAUUUGGAAAAAAAAUCAAUAUAAAUUUAAAAUAGUUAUGCUAACAUGGCAUACAUAGUUUUAAAUAUAAGAGUAAUGUAGUAAGUCCUUUUAGACCAGCUAUUUAAAUUGACUCCAGUAAUCUUAAGGAUUGAUAGUAGCCAUCAUUUAUUGGCUUAAAAGUUAUACUUUAGGGAAUAUUAUCAGUGUUAAAUUCAUAUUUUAUGGAGCUUUAAUUGAUGGAGGUGAAGAAGUUGGUAUUUAUAAAAGAGUGGUGGGGCUGGUACUGAAAUAAACAUCAACCUGUUUUAGAAAGAAGAAACUUUUUUAGUCUUGCCUCAAGCAAACCAGAAGUGUCCACUGCUUAAAAUCUUUGUUUAGAAUGCCGUGUUAAAAGUUGUAAUUCUUGUUUUAGGUAAUACUAAAUAAUAUACUUAAGUAGUUAAUAAUAGAUGAACAUAAUCAUUAAAUUAACAGACUAAUGAAGAUAUAACACUGGCUGGGAGACUGGGGUUUUACUGCAGUUGGUGAAUUAGCUGUGUGACACCUUAGGUGGUUACUUAGCUCUUCACCUGUUUCCUCUUCUGAGUCUGCAGUAUGGAGCCUAUACUACUCGAAAUGGGGAUUUUGGUUUAAAUCAUCUUUAAGGUACCUCCCAGCUCUAAAACUACGACUCUAGGCCACAUAAUGGGGUAUUUUUAAAGUUGCGCCUACUUAAUUCUUUCUCUCUUUAAUGGUGUUCAUUUCAUACUUAAGAGCUUUUGCUGAAAGAUAAUUAUUAAGGUAUCCAUUUCCUGGGUCACCUACAGUCUUUGUUCUCCUAAAGAUUAAGGUAGAAAAUUUAUACAGACAAGCAAAUGAGGCCAUUUUUCUAAAUGCUUCUUGCUAGUUAACCACUGAACGUAUAAACACAUGUGACCAUAGUCAUUCAUUGACAUUUAUCCAUGCAUUUAGCAAACCAUUUGAACAUUUACUAUGUGUAGUGUGGUGCAAAUGACUUAAGGAACUAGUAAUAAGUAAACAGAAUCUUUCCAAACAAAAUUUUGUGGCUUAAACAAACCUGGACAUAAUUAUUAUUACUUAAUGUACUGAACGUAAAGUUGGAACUGAGAGGGACGUUUUUAUGCUUUGGGUAAAGGAUGAGGCUAGAUGACAUGUAAGGGGUCUACGUGAAUUGCCUCACAGUUCCUACAACACAUUUCACAUAUUAAACAUCAAUCAACCAUAUAGAUUACACAAUUAAGGGUACCUAACAUUAAGGAUUUACAUUUUGAAACUGUUGUGACAGCCCCUAUUUCUAAGAAUUAUUUUGAUAUGUGAAUCUAAUCCAGAGGUGUUGCUAUGCAGGGUGUGUGACAGAACAGUACAAAGAAGCUGGUGCUGAUUUACUAUAUAUUUUUAAGUACAACAGCUUUACACCCAGUAUUGGCAGUGAAGUAAUUUUCUGAAACUGAAAAAUCUGAAAGGAGAUCGCUGAACAGGUUUGUUAUUUUGUUUUAAAGCAAGAAAGAUCACACAAAAUAAAUUUUAUCCUUAUUACAAAUAUCUACUUUUUAGAAAGCACACAUAUAUUACAUAGUAAAAGGGUUUCCUUUAAAAAGCAGAACUGGUAAACAUAAAACAGUUCCAUGCUUGAAUUGACAAGUUAUUUGAGGAGUAAACAUUGAAUGGGAUGGAUUAUUGAGUAAAGGUUCCUUACCACUGGGGGAUUCUGUGAAUUAUGUUGUUAAUUCCUAUUGACACAGCUUUACAUAGUAAUAUCACUUGAUACUAAUGCUCUCCAUAAAGAUACAAAAUGAAAAUAUCUAAUAUUAUAAAGAUCUUUUAUGCAUCAUAGUCACAGCUUUUUAAAGCAGGAACAUGUCCAAAUACAUGUUAGAUUAGAAUGUAUAACAAACUGAUUGAAAUUAGGAACACUGACAUCCAAAUAACCAAUCUGGAUUUAAAAAAUUUUCCCAUUGUACUGGUUAAAAUGUACUUUUAAAAUGUUUUAAUUCAACUAACUUUUCAAAUAUUUUAUGCUGUUAAAAUAUCUAUUGCAUAAAUACUUUAUGUAUUCUUAAAUUUUAAAAAGUCAGCGGAGUGUGCAAAGAUAUAAUUUCGGAUGUCUAAUUUCUGAGAUGUUUAGCUAGAUUCCCAAUUACCUCAAUCAAAAGCUUGGUCUUGAUUUUGAUUGAGGAAAAGUUAAAGUAAGUUUAACUUACUUUUUCCAUAGGAAAAAAAGUUAAAGUAAGUUCCAAAAACUAUCCUCAGAGUAAGGCAUGAGCUCAUGAAGGCUGGAGUUGUAGACAGCAGUGUGCAGGAUGGAAACUGACACUGGUGGCAGGCAUUUAUUUCAAGCCUCUUUGUUGAAUUAGUGCUUUUUGUCUUGUUAAAAAAAAAUUUUUGUUGUUUUAACAAAGGCAAAUUGUUGUGAAAAACUUUUUUUUUAAUUUUUAUUUUUGAUGCUUCAAGCAUGUGUUAACUUUUUUUUUUUAAUUCCCCCUUUUGGUUCCUCCUAUUGUCCUAAAACAGAACUUUCAUAUUAUUAAAACCUCAAAAGCUGAUCCUCCCAGGAUGAACAGAGCAUCACCAAGGGGAAAGAAAACAUUUUUUAUCUUUACAGAAAACGUUAACAUUAUAUGUAGAUGUAUUCUUUACAUUGGAUAUUGUAUUAGAGUCCUCCUUACAGGAAAUGAAAUAGUUUUAGCACUCUUAGCAUUAGUGUUCCUAGAUUGAUGUCUGUAGCUACAGUUUUAAAAUGUAUAACCUGAAAAUGAAGUUAAUUUUGCAUUAUAAGAGCACACCAUGAUCUAUGUAAAAAGAUUGUCCAUUUGGUGUAUUUUUUUAAAAAAGAGAAAGCACUUUCAUAUUAACAAGUAGCAUGUGUAUGAAUUUUAGAUUUUCAUAUUUGUUGUGUCUGUAUUCAGUGAAGUAAAAUUGAGCAUUCAGAUGUUUGUUGAUGGCGACAUUAACUGUUAAAUUAAAGCACCUUAUACUCUGCUGCUUAAACUUGCUUGUAAUUGCACCUUUGUUACCCUGCACAUUUUCACAUAGAAUAUUGUUGUAACAUUGCUUCAUGUGGGUCUGGAGGAAGGUUAGUGGGCCUACAGGAUCAUUUAUUUAUAUUGUUUAUAUUACAAUAAUAUAUUGUAGGUCAGUUGUAAGUUCAUUUCUUUACAAAUAAAAGCCUCUUCCAUUUGG